CUCGGUGACAUAAAAGCAUCCCCACACCUGGACCUCGGCACUUUCCCUGCUCGGACACUGACCAAUGAAUGGGCGAUGUAUUUAGGGGGGAUCAUCCGGCCGCGUCUCAACCAGAUUCCCGGGGUCCCAAACCAACGUCGAUACAUUUUGAAGCUCUCAUCCAACUCACUCACCCCUGCCAUCUGUCUCGUUUGUCCUCUUCGUCAUUCAAGACGUUUAAAAGUACGGAUUCUUUCUUCCCCCAGAGCGUCCGAAGUUGAGCAUCGCAAAACACGAAGACGCGAUUUGUGAAGAAUAGAUUUUACUGAGCACGGGUAUUUGGCCUAAUCGUCCCAUGACAAGAGACGGCGAUUUCACAGGCUACCCUCCAUCUGAAGAUUAGAAGAAGAAAAGGAACUGAGACCAUAGGCAGAAAUGGCCAGUGGAAGAUCAACAAUCAUCAGGCCGCCGCCUGAUGACCCCAAUAAGGCCCCAAUUGAAAACGUGUUGGAGGUGACGGAGCUCGGUGUGCUUGGACCGGACAUCUUCACCAACACGCGCCAGCCCUGGCACCCGCCGGGCGCCCGCGGCAUCUUCGGCGGCGCCGUCAUCGCCCAGUGCCUGGCCUCGGCGCAGAAGACGGUCCCCAACGACUUCUUCGUCCACUCGUGCCACUGCUACUUCCUCCUCGCGGGGUCCUCCGAGAUCCCCAUCCUGUUCCACGUCGAGCGGGUGCGCGACGGGCGCUCCUUCGCGACGCGCACGGUGCAGGCCCGCCAGCGGGGGCGGUGCAUCUUCACCACCACCGUCUCCUUCGUCAAGGAGGGCAGCGGCGGCGAGAAGCAGGUCCGCCACGCGGCGCCGCUUCCCGAGGGCGUGACGCCGCCCCCGGCCGACUGGAACGACGAGCCCGAGUGGAACCUGCACUCGCCCUUCCAGACGCACCGCAUCACCCUGGUCGGCGCCAACGACGAGGGCAAGAGGCUCGACGAGAUCAAGAGCCGCAACUGGGUGCGCGCGCGCGGCCGCAUCUCGGUCACCGGCGGCCACCAGGCCCACCUGAACGCGCUGGCCUACAUGUCGGACAGCUACUUCAUCGGCACCGUCGGCCGCAUCCACAAGCUGUGGCGCUUCCCCUUCCGGCCCGAGGAGUUCCCCGACCUGCCGCCCGAGCUGCGGGAGCAGGUCGAGCGGCUCAACGAGUUCGAGGGCAACGGCGAGUCGGGCGGCAUCGAGUACUGGAAGACGCGGCCGCACCUCGGCAUGAUGGUCAGCCUCGACCACUCCAUCUACUUCCACGAGCCGCGCCGCCUGCGCGCCGACGAGUGGAUGUUCACAGAGAUGGAGAGCCCCUGGAGCGGCGACGGCCGCGGCGUCGUGCUGCAGAAGAUCUUUUCGGCGGACGGGACGCUCUUGGCGACCUGCGUCCAGGAGGGCCUUAUCCGACUGAAGCAGGAGGAUGACGAGGAAAAGGAGACAAAGUCCAAGUUGUAGUAGGCGGGGGGGUUCACGCGUGGGCGUGUGUAGAGAUAUGCUUUUGGAUUUGACUACACGGACAAAUGAGGACGCAGCUAGUGAGUGAGUCCUGGACCUGGGUUUUGUAAAUUGUAGAAAAAAACCAAGUCAUGAGACUGGUUAUAGAAAAGGCUUUGACACGAAGGUCCCAAGGGACUCGCGGCAACCCCUCGCCCUUUUUGGAAAGAAAGAUUUGAAGGCCCGCCGGUGUUUGCCUCAUACACGAGCAUAUCAAACCCUUGGAAAGUAUGAAAAAGGAAAGAAUAGAAGAUGCCUCCUUCUCUUCCAACGGCCGCCGAAGCGUCCUCAUGUCCUUGCCCAUCAGAGCCGCGAAGACUGUCAGAGGUCCUAUGUCACUGUCGUUGUUGGCUCCAUUGUUCGGCUGCGGUUUUGGGUCUGCUAUAUUCACAAUACCG